AGAGAUCGUUGUGGUGUAAACCCAAACUUGAGAAAACACAAUAUGAACUGGAUAAGGAAAAGGAGUUAAAGGCGGCCUAUCUGAGUAAGAUUCCUGCUUCUGGUUGAUGUUAGGAAAAGUUCUUUUCAUAGUUUUGCUCCAGUUGGUGAUAACUACUCUGAUUGUAUGGUUGAUUUGUAUUAUUGAACCACUACGCGUUGCAUUCAAACGCGUUCGUUUUCCCGUUCUUAUUGUUACGGCGGUCGGAACUUUUCUUAUUCCCUUGAUCAUGAAAUGUGUCAAGGCGUAUCCUGCGGAUAUCAUUUUACUAUCUAUUUUUACACUGCUAGAAGCCCUGAUUCUAGCGAGUUGGGCGAUGUGGGUUGAUUAUCAUGUCAUCGUAACAGCGUUUGGUCUAACAGCAGGAAUAACUGUAUUCCUCCUCCUCUUUGCGUUUAUCUCUAAAUCUGACUUCAGCGGAAUUGAACCUUAUCUAUAUCAAAUCUUCUUUAUAGCAAUCUUCUUUGGAGGCAUGACCAUUCUCAAUUCUAAUUGGGUGAGCAUAUUCUCUGCGAUCAGUAUGUCUGCUUUCUGCAUAUAUUUGGUGGCUGAUCUCAAGCAUCUUGCUCGUGGAAAAGGGUUUGAAAAGGGAGGAAAGACCGAAAUGUACGCUCUGGACGCGCUGAAAGUUUACAUGGACGUUAUCGGUCUAUACACUCUAAUUUUCAAGUGUUGCAAGAAAAACCGUUCUCUUUCACCUGUUUGUUGA